AUGCCUCGAGCUUCCUCAUCACCUGCACUCUCUUAUAUGUCCGGCAAUAAUGCCUGGCUAACUAAUAAUUAUCCAACGCCUGAUAACGCUCAAUCUCCGCCAACAAAUAAUUCCGUCUCCACCUCUCAACCUAGUAAUCCAAAAAAUGUAUCAAAUUCUCAACAAAGUCACCCUCGAAUGACUAGAGAUUCUAGUCUUUUAUCUGACCUUCCCCCAGGUGCGUGUUUCUCUGAAGAUCCUUUACUAGGAAGCGCUACUUCGGUCCCUUCUUUUCCUCACGAUUUAAGUGAUACGUUUCCAAACACUCCACCAGAGGGCUCUCUCGAUCCUUCCGUUCAAGAGCCGUAUAUUCAUAACUAUCAAGGAGAGAACGAGACAAAUUUAUCGCAGCAAGAAAUAUUGCAUUCAAGUCAAAGUUCUGGUGGUAAUCAAAUUACUUCCACACUUGGUGCUGGACUUUUAAAUGAUAAUGAUAGAUUGAUCAUGAAUGCUCCCUCGCACGUAGCCCAAUUAAACGUGCCAACUACUGAUCUUGAACAUGAUUGGCCUUUUCAUGUGGGGUACGAUGGUGUUUUAUAUGGUGUUGAACAAAGUGCAAAAGCUCCCUUUAUUUCUGAAAAUUUGAACCGUAACUCUCAAAAAGAUGUUAUAAAAUCAAAUAUAUCAGAUAAUAAAGAUACAGGACUUUCAAGAAAAUCAAGAGAACAUGGUACUAUACCAGGUUCUCAGCCUCAAGUACUUUCAGAAAAUAUUCCCAGAAAUACUGGUUCAUUAUUAUCUGAAAAAGCUAUCGUAAGUUCAGAUGUUGAACAUUCAGAGUAUGAUGAUGAUGAAUUUUCAGAGUCAUAUGAGGAGGUGCCUUGGACCUUCAUGAAUAAGAUUGGUGAUGCGUUACGUAGGCAAAGUAAUUAUUUUGAAAAUAUGUCUAGUAUGUUUUCAACGAUGGAAUUUGCUAAAGUGGAUCCAAGUGAUGAUGACAUCACUACUUCUACUCCCACCGUUUCUGAAACGAGGCGUAGUAUGCGUCCAAGUGGAAGACGAUCAAGGAAACGUCGACGUAAACAUCCCCUUCGUUCAACGUCACAUUCAGCAACUGAGAACGAAGCUGAUGUUGAUGAUAAUUCUAUUUCAAAUUCAAAUUCUGGCCAUGGUCAUCAGGUUGAAUCAGAUGAUCAUACUUAUGAAUUAUCUCCAGUACAAAGUGACAGAGAAGAAAUCUCUGAAGAUGUUUCUAGCACCACUGAAGAUGUAAAUAAUUCAAAUAAUUUGUCACGGAAACACGAUCUUCGUUCUAGGAAGGUCGGUUCAAACUAUAAACUCCCUGGUACAUCUAUUGUGACCAGGCGUGCUAAGAGAAUUAAAACUUCUCCAAAGAUAUCUAUUCAAAAGAUUUCAAAGAAUGUGAAAUUUGUUCCAAAACGUAAAAAUAUUCAACGAAAACAAUCCAAACCAACAAAAUUAGAAAAACCCGCAAAAUCUAAAAUACUUGUAAAAAACACAAGGCCAACUUAUAGUCGUAAAAGAAAAGAAAAAGAUGGUGAAUGGAAAAUGGGUGAUGAUGAUGAUUAUGAAUCUGAUUCUGAAACAUUGGAUAGUCCCAGUGUGGGUACAUCUGCUAAGCGUCAUCGACCUCCUCCAAAACCGCGUAUCCCUCUAAAUACAAAAUCAAGAUCUCGUAAGAUUCAUACAACAUCUAAACCUCAAACACCAUCUAAACCUCAAACACCAUCUAAAUCUCAAACAACAACUAAACCUCAAACAACAUCUAAACCUCAAACAAUAUCUAAACCUCAAACAACAUCUAAACCUCAAACACGGUCUCUAUCUAAACCUAUCGAAGAAGUGAAUAAUGAAGUUCCAAGAAUUAACACUAGAAAGCGUUCUUCGAGUCGUGCUCAACAAUCAAAUCAAGUGCCAGUUAAAAGACAAACUAGAGCUAAAAGUGGUGUCACGAGUAGACGUGCUAAAAAAGUUCAAGAUGAAAUUGUUGACAAUAACGAUAACAACGAUAACGACGAAAAUGUUGAGAAUCUGGAUGCACAUGAAAAAAUCUCUGAUGUUGAAUCGGAUAAUACUGAUCCUAUUGAAAAUCCCAUUGAAGAAACAUUGGUUGUUACCCCAAUAAAAAGUACAUCUCAUUCAAAGAGAGGUAGAAAACCAAAAUCUACUAGAGGUGGCAAUCGAAAACGAGGCGUAGGACGAAGUAGAGCUAGCAGCACGACUAGUGGUCAUACUUUAAUUGAAAAACCUUCGAUUAUUGAUCCUGAUCCUUAUCUAGUUACUGUUUCUGUUGAUAAUCCACCUGUUGUUGAUAAUUCAAUUCCAAUUGUGCAAAUUGAUAAUCCAGCUGUUGUUAAUAAUCCAAUUGUGCAAAUUGAUAAACCUGCUGAAGUUGAUAAUAAUGAAAUUACACCUGCUGAAGUUGAUCAUAAUGAAGUUACACCUGCUGAAGUUGAUAAUAGUGAAGUUACAAGAAUUGACAAUAAUGAAGUUAAAAGUAUUGAUACUCUCGAAAUUAAAGAAAUUGAUAAUAGUGAAAUUAAAAGAAUUAACACUAGAAGUCGUUCUUCGAGCCGUGCUCAAAAAUUAGAUCCAGUACCGGUUAAAAGACAAACCAGGUCUAAAAUUGGUAUCAAGAGUAAGCGUACUAAAAAAGUUCAGGAUGAGAUUAUUGUACCCGAAAAAAUAUCUGAUGUUGAAUCAGAUAACGUCGAUCCAAUUGAAGAAACAGUGCCGGUUAAAAGACGAACCAGGUCCAAAAGUGGUAUCAAGAGUAAGCGUACUAAAAAAGUUCAGGAUGAAAUUAUUGAGAGUAACGACGAAAAUCCUGAGGAUCUGAAUGUACAUGGAAAAAUACCUGAUGUUGAGGUCGUUCCAAUUGAAGAAACAGUUCCGGUUAAAAGACGAACCAGUUCUAAAAUUGGUAUCAAGAGUAAGCGUACUAAAAAAGUUCAAGAUGAAAUUAUUGAGAGUAACGACGAAAAUCCUGAGGACCUGAAUGUACAUGAAAAAAUAUCUGAUGUUGAAUCGGAUAAUGUUGUUCCAAUUGAAAAAACAGUGCCGGUUAAAAGACAAACCAGGUCUAAAAGUGGCAUCAAGAGUAAGCGUACUAAAAAAGUUCAGGAUGAAAUUAUUGAGAGUAACGACGAAAAUCCUGAGGAUCUGAAUGUACAUGGAAAAAUAUCUGACGUUGAAUCGGAUCAUAUCGUUCCAAUUGAAGAAACAGUGCCGGUUAAAAGACAAACCAGAUCUAAAAGUGGUAUCAAGAGUAAGCGUACUAAAAAAGUUCAGGAUGAAAUUAUUGAGAGUAACAACGAAAAUCUCGUAUCUGAAAAAAUAUUUGAGGUUGAAAAGCGUAUUAAAAAAGUUCAGGAUGAAAUUAUUGAGAGUAACAACGAAAAUCUCGUACCUGAAAAAAUAUCUGAUGUUGAACUGGAUAAUGUCGAUCCAAUUGAAGAAACAGAAGAAACAGUGCCGGUUAAAAGACAAACCAGAUCUAAAAGUGGUAUCAAGAGUAAGCGUACUAAAAAAGUUCAGGAUGAAAUUAUUGAGAGUAACGACGAAAAUCCUGAGGAUCUGAAUGUACAUGGAAAAAUAUCUGACGUUGAAUCGGAUCAUAUCGUUCCAAUUGAAGAAACAGAAGAAACAGUGCCGGUUAAAAGACAAACCAGAUCUAAAAGUGGCAUCAAAAGUAAGCGUACUAAAAAAGUUCAGGAUGAAAUUAUUGAGAGUAACGACGAAAAUCCUGAGGACUUGAAUGUACAUGAAAAAAUAUCUGAUGUUGAAUCGGAUAAUGUCGAUCCAAUUAAAGAAACAGUGCCGGUUAAAAGACAAACCAGAUCUAAAAGUGGUAUCAAACGUAAGCGUACUAAAAAAGCUCAGGAUGAAAUUAUUGAGAGUAACGACGAAAAUCCUGAAAAUCUGAAUGUAAAAGGAAAAAUAUCUGAUGUUGAAUCGGAUAAUGUCGAUCCAAUUGAAGAAACAUUGGUUGUUACCCCAAAAAAAAAUACACCUUCAAAGAGAGGUAGAAAACCAAAAGCUACUAGAGGUGGCAAUCAAAAACGAGGUGUAGGACGAAGUAGAGCUAGCAGCACAUCCAGUGUACAUACUCUAUUUGAAAAACCUCCAAUUCUUGAUCCUGAUCUAGUUGCUGUUUCUGCUGAUGAUCCAACUGUCCUUGCAAAUGCUGUUCGUGUUUUAACAGCAGGUCAAACCUAUGAUAUAGUAGACACACCUGGUAGUACUCCUGUUUCUCUGAUAGAUAGUCCACGCCUUAGUACACACUCUCCAGUAUUUAUGAAACCUGGAACUCCUAAAUCUCGUUCCGCAUCAUUCACAAAUGUGGACCGACCAGUUCUAGGAAGUGGUUCAUCAUCAGUUCAGACUUCUCAAUCUGCUAUUUGGACGAAUGAACACUGGUACCAAUUGAAAGCUCUUUAUGAAGAUACUAAAAAUGAAUAUAUUCAAAAUGGCAAAAAUGGAAGAGGAAAUGAAGAUGUAUACAAAGAAGUUGUUGCUAAAUUUAUUAUGAUAGAUGCGGAUAACAAGUCUUUUGGAGAAGAUAAUAUUCGCAAACGAAUAAUAGCUUUGGAGGCUGCAGAACUCGAAAGGCAUUCAAAUAGAUUUAACCGACGAGGUAGCAUUGAUAGCACAAGUUCAAUUGGCAGUCGGCCAAGUAUUUCACGUUAUGAUUCGGCAUAUUUAAAUAUGCGCGAUACAACACCUGUUUCAAAACGUAAACGCAGUGGUUCGACUUUAACUAACCUCGAGACCGAAGAUGAAAUUGAACAGUCUCCUUCAGCUCAGCGUAGACGUGUUAUAUCUGACGAUGACACCAAUGAAUCACCUGUUCCAGCUAGCAGCAGUGCCUUCUCAAGAUUGCUAAGUGGAUUGUUUGGUAGACGCUCUAGUUCUGCUUCAAAUUUUUCAAAAAAUGACAACCAACUUGAAGAUCCGACAAAUGAUGAAAACGAAGAACAACGCGGUGUUCCAUCUGGCACUAGCCCUGCUCGUAAAAGCAAGAGUUGGCUACUAUGGAAUUAA